AUGUCAGCGACAUCAUCCUCCCCUACUACAUCCCCGGUAAAACCGCAUUUCCCAAGGCCACAACACAACUGCCUCGAGUGCAAGAGGCUCAAGAGAGCCUGCGAUAAGAAACUCCCUUGCGGCAAAUGCGAGAAGGCAGGCCGCAACUGCGAGUACAGAGACUCUGGCGACGAUGGCGUGUUUGGACCCAUCUCGGCUGCGAGGGACAUUCACUCGCUGGCCUUUGGCACUCUCCUUGACAUUUUGGUACACAAGCAGGGCAUCAAGGAAGCCAUCUCGUCCUACUUCGAUGGCGUCAACACUUGGUUCACUGUCGUCGAAAGGGCCGCUUUCGAGAGGGAGCUCGAGGCCAACUGGGAUAAUCUCCAGGCCGAGACCAGCGCCAUGGCCCUCUGCAUGGCCCUCAUCGCCCGUCCGCCAAACCAAAAGUCGAGCAAGGGCAUGGGAGACACCGUCUAUCCCUCCACCAAGGCCAUCCUGAGCCUCGUGCAGAGCAAGGUUCCCAUCUCGACCAAGAUGCUGCAGGCCGAGCUCCUUGUCGCCAUGUACGAAUUCUCUCACUCGAUGCCCCAGCAAGCCUACCUCUCCCUGGGACGCUGCCUCCAGAUGACCAAGGCAAUGGGUUGGCACGACCCGACGUUCUGGGCCCUCGAGAAGCAGAUAUCCAGGCCGGCCGACCUGAAGCUUUGCUCCAUCUUGUGCCUCCUGAAUGUCGCUUACCAAGACCCUGCGACACAAGGGUAUCCGAUGAACACGAUGGGGCUCAAUCUGGGAUUUCCGAUUCCCGGCCCAGACGCGCUCGACCAGUUCUUUCCCGGUUCUCCAUUUCAGAUCGGAGGCCAAAACCAGGGAUUUCGGGACGCCAACAGCGACCAAAUGGCUGGAGUCGUCUUUCCCGAAGCUGUUAGUGCCUGGUACCUCUUUCAGGUCCUGCAACACCUAUCGAAUCCCGCAGUGCAGGACAACGAUAGUCGCAGGGAGCUCUCCAACCACAUCUUCCGACACAUGAAAGCCACGGGGAGAUCGAGGUGGAGGGCCUGUGACCGUGCAAUAGGCACGGAUUUGAUAGCGCUAAUGAAACUUCACCAGCCUCAUCUCGCAGGGAUGCCCGACCCUCUGACUAUGAUGAUCGACCCGAGUCACGCUGAGGAUACCACGAGGAUGCGUACUGUCAUCGACGUGAUCCACGGCAAGGCCGGGAAAGUAACCCAGAUUGAGGAGCUGGACAGAGGUGCCGUCGACCCUUCUUGGGCCUUUGCCAUGUGCUACGCAUCGCAGCUGCUCAUCUCGUACGGUUACAACACCCUCCAGGACCUCAAUUGGCUCCAGAAGGUUGCCGACCUCAGGGCUGCUCUCGAGAGAGUAUCGAGGAGGUGGAAGAUUGCAGAACAAUACUGCAGACAGGUCACAAUCGACCUAGACAACCGCCUUGCUGCCGGGUUUGUUAACUGA